ACGUAUAUGAGAGACCCCGAAUUGUCUAACUAUGAUUUGAGAACGGCUCAAUACGAGUACAUCACUCGUCAGGUCUUUCUCAAAGUAUUGGAGUAUAUGUACACGGGCAAUGUACCUUUCAGUGGCGCAACUUUCGAUUUCAUGAAAGAAAUCAAUAAGAUCGCUAACGAGUUUAUGAUCAUAGGAUUGUUAGCUUUACUUGGAGACUUUAAUAAACAAGUACAGCAACAGGAUCAGCAGGAAUUGCAACGUCAGCAACAACUAAAGCAACAACAGCAGCAACAAGAGUCACAACGGCAACGAGAUUUACAAAGGCAACAAGAACAACAACUACAAGAUCAACAGCGUCAACAAGAUCUACAGCGACAAGACAAUCUACGGCGGCAGCAAGAGCAGUUACAACAAGAUCAACGGCAAAGGGAGAUGGAGCGUCAAAGAGAGCUAGAACGGCAAAGACAGUUAGGGAUGCAAGCGCAGCAACUUGAACAACAACAACAAAGGGAGAUGGAGCGGCAAAGAGAGCUAGAACGGCAAAGACAGUUAGGGAUGCAAGCGCAGCAACUUGAACAACAACAAAGGGAGAUGGAGCGGCAAAGAGAGCUAGAACGGCAAAGACAGUUAGGGUUGCAAGCGCAGCAACUUGAACAACAAAGGGAGAUGGAGCGGCAAAGACAGUUAGGGAUGCAAGCGCAGCAACUUGAACAACAACAAAGGGAGAUGGAGCGGCAAAGACAGUUAGGGAUGCAAGCGCAGCAACUUGAACAACAACAAAGGGAGAUGGAGCGGCAAAGACAGUUAGGGUUGCAAGCGCAGCAACUUGAACAACAAAGGGAGAUGGAGCGGCAAAGAGAGCUAGAACGGCAAAGACAGUUAGGACUACAACAAGCGAUGCAACUAGCGCAGCAACAACAAGAUCAACAACAAAGGGAACUGGAAAGGCAAAGAGAGCUAGAACGGCAAAGACAGUUAGCGCUGCAACAAGAAAUGCAACGGCAAGAAAAUUUAAGGCGGCAACAAGAGCUACAACAGCAACAAGAUCAGCGGCAAAGGGAUAUGGAGCGACAAAGACAACAACAGCAACAAGAACUUCAACGACAAGAAAAUCUACGGAGGCAACAAGAGCAGCAACAACAAGAAAAUCUAAGGAGGCAACAAGAGCAGCAACAGCUGCAAGAUCAAUUGCAAAGGGAGAGGGAACGGCAGCAAAGGGAUCUGGAGAGACAAAGGGAUCUGGAACGACAAAGACAGCUUGAGCAAGACCUACAAAGGCAACAACAGCUACAGCAAAGAAAGCCAUCUAUGAUGCCUCAUUUUCAAAAAUUUGUGGACCAAAAAGUUGAUAAAGAGAUUAGAGAUAUGAUAAAUUUUCCCGUAGAAGGGUAUACUAAACCAUCUAUUGGACUUGGUACGUACGAGAAAAUGCCGUUACAAAGCAACCUGUGA